AUGGCACAUGUGUCACGCACAACGGUGACACUGUCCACUUCGCCAUCAGGUAAUGCAGUAAUUCGCGAUGGUUCUAAGGCCUGUCCAUAUCGUCCACCGGUUUUUGAUGUCGCGCGUGAUUUCUCUUCGGAAAAGCCGACUCUCGGAUAUGCGGUAGAAUAUUGUAAUAUCGAGACGACAGCCAGCGACUUGCGUGACGCGCAACAAUCCUGGUCAGACUGCAGUGGCUAUAAUCCCGACUUGUCUCUGGAAGAAGGCAACCUCAGCUUCGAUGGGCUUGGAGAAGAUUACACAGAUGGUCUGCUUAUGGGCAGUGGCCAGUCCAAAGACAGACUGGUCUUCCCGAGACCGGUUCAGAACCCGAUUUCGGUUGGUGUACAAACGUCGCCUACGGACGUACUAAAUCCAUCGAUGGGACCUGAAUUAGAGUACUGGAGUAACGACCAUGAGAGCGCGUUGUCGUACGUGGGCCCAAGAAGCGAUGCAAAGCUCAGUGGUUUUGAUGAAGGCAGUCCGCCUUCAAGAAUUGCCCACGGACAACAUGGGCACUCCGUCAGGCCCGAUGCAGAGGAUGUCAUCGUCUGUCCCGACUGCAUGGCUACCUUCACCGGAACUCAUGCAUGGGUUAAAUACCUCCUUGUUUCCGAGGACAAGCAGACGGAUCGAAUGAUUUUAGACUAUAUUGAGUGCUGCAACAAUUCCUAA